AAAAUGUUAGCAUAAAGCUAACAAUUAUCAUCUGAUCAAAAGCCAAAGUUAACUUCAUCAAUAGGUAUCAUUACAAAUACUCUUAAAUUCGCAAUACAUUCCAUAUUAUAAAUUCUGUUUGCAUUUAAAUUUUAGAAUACAGUUCCUUAAAACCUCCACGAUAUCCUUAAUCUGAUUAAGUAGAUCAAAGCAGAAUAUAAAAACAGAUGGGUUAAAAAAGAUAUAAGAAUGAAGAGCAAGAGUAAAAGUAAAAUGGAAAGGUUUCAUUACCUUCUUUACCAGGAAUAAAGAAAUAAGAAAUCUAAACUUUUGAACCUUGUAAUUGAAUUAAAUGAUUAUAAUUAGAAUAGAAGUAAAUAAAUAUAGCAAAUUAUGGGAAUGGUUUAAGAAUUCCUAGUAGAUUACCUAAAUUGGAUGCAAAAAGUGAUGUUCCUAAAUAAAAACAUAGUUCUAAUGGUCCUUAAAUGAGAAGUCCAAAAUAAUUAGAUGAAGAGACACCUAUGCCUCAUUAUUCUUCUGUUACACCAGAAAAGAGAUAAUAAAUGAGUCCUGAAAGAUAAGUUUUAAAUAAAAGAAGAUUAAUGGCAAAAACUUGGUAUGGUGGGUUAUUUGCUUCAAAGACUAAAGCAGGUUGUCUUCCAAAUAAAACAUUAAAGACAAAUUAGGAUGCUGCAAUUUUAUUUCCAAAUAAUUUAGAACAGUAAAUUGUUAUUAUUAUUUAGAAAGUUACAAUUGUUCUUUAAUAGCUGUAUGUGAUGGACAUGGAACAAAUGGUCAUUUAGUAUCAAAUUUAAUUAAAUAAUAAUUACCAAAAUACUUGGAAUAAUAAUUUCAAUAAUAAGGAAGGGAUAUUGAAAAAUCUUUAUUAUUCGCUUUUGAGAAAACUAAUAAGGAAAUAAUUGAAAGUGAAUUUGAUACAACAUUAUCUGGAUCAACAAUAGUUUCAGUUUUAAUUAGAAAAGAGUAAUUAUGGACAGCAAAUGUUGGUGAUAGUAGAGCCAUAAUGUGUAGAAAUUAAGAUGGAUGGAAAGCUAUUUAAUUAACAAGAGAUCAUAAACCAUCUGAUGAGAAAGAGAAAUAAAGGAUUAUUGAAGCAGGAGGUAGAAUUGAUAGUUAAAGAGGUUAAAAUAAAUAAAUAAAUACUUAAUAGAUUUUUAUGGAAAUUCUUUAGGACCAGAAAGAGUAUGGUUAUAAUAUAUAGAUGCUCCUGGAUUAGCUAUGACAAGAAGUAUGGGUGAUAAAUUAGGAGCAUAAGCAGGUGUUAUUAGUGUUCCUGAAAUUCUCGAAUAUACAAUUACACCAUAAGAUUAAUUUAUAAUUGUAGCAUCAGAUGGAGUUUGGGAAUAUUUAACUAAUGAAGAAGUAUAUAUUAUCAAUAAAUAAGGUUAUGAAUGUUGUAGUUCCAUAUAUUGAAAAAGAUAAUAUUGAUUUAGCUGCUGAUAAACUUAUGGCUGAAGCUAUUAAUGCUUGGAAAAAACAUAGCUUAGCAAGAGAUGAUAUAACUUGCAUUGUUGUUCAAUUGAAAAAUUAAGCUUGAAUUUUUUAUAUUU